AUGGGAUCAACUACAAGAAGAAUAUCAGGGUUCCAACAAGGUGGUGGCUGUGAAGUUGCAAACUCUUCGUCGAGAGUUCGAAAAUUUGUCAAUGAAGGUGACAGAAUCUGUCCAGGAGUAUUUUUCAGGGGUGACAUCCUUGAAUCUAAGGAUCUGUCAGAUUAUUCUCUCCAUGAAUUGCUGGGGUCUCUACAAUCACAUGAGCAGCGGAUGAACAGGACAACUGAAGCUUCAUUGGAGCAGGCUUUUCAGUCACGGAUUGAUAUCAAGGGGACUUCACUAGGCACAGGACGAGGAGGGAAUGGAAGAGGUCAUGGUAGAGGAUCCCAUGGAAGAGGCAGAGGUAGGAGCUAUGGCCAACAAAGAAAUCGCUAUGGAGGAAAUGAUUCUAAUUUUCCUUCAUGUUUUCACUGUGGGAAAUCAAAUCAUGAGGAAAAGGAUUGUUGGUAUAAAAACAACAAGUCCUCUUCUAAUAAGAAAGGACCACAGUGUUAUAAUUGCAAGGAGUAUGGACAUACUCAGGUGAGUUGUCCUUGGAAGGCUAAGGAGCAAGCCAAUUAUCAUGAAGAAGAUGCACCUACAGAUGACAAUCUUUUUGUCACUUGCUUUGCUGCUAAUCUUAAUAUAUCUGAGGAGGUUUGGUGGUAA